AUGUGUGAUCGCGAGGAAGGCAGUCGCUGCGGCGCUCCGAACCCCGGGGACCGGCCAGGCAGGCCGGGCGUGGCCGAGUUCUUCGCCGGGCGCUGCGUGCUGGUGACGGGCGCCACCGGCUUCGUGGGCAAGGUGCUGGUGGAGAGGCUGGUGCGCUGCUGCCCCGACAUCGCCGCCGUCUACCUGCUGCUGCGGCCCAGGCGAGGGCUCGCCGCCCACGAGAGGCUGCAGCAGCUCACGCAGGGACAGGUGAGCGAUGGCGGCGGCGGCGGCGGCGGCGGCGGCGGCCUGACAGCGAUGUUCCCGUCCCGUCACAUCCCUUCCGCGUUGCCACAGCCCCUCAGUACCUCUGUCGGCAGCGGUAAUCCUGUAUGA